AUGCCCGCCACCGUCCAACGCUUCUCCGCAGCCUCUGCAGACCCGCACAUCCUGCACCAGCACCUCCUCGCCUCCGGGGUCGUGAUAAUCGAAGGCGCCGCAACGCGCUCAACCAUCGACGACAUCCUCGCCGAGAUCGCCGAGAACCAGUCCCAAUCCCAAUCCCAACCCCAGCCGGAAGCACAAACCUUCGCCCUCGCCGCCAAAAGCCCCACCUUCGCAACACAACUCCUCAUGAACCCGCUGUACAUGGACCUCGCGAAACGCAUCCUCACCGACACAGCCAUCAUCUACUACGAGCAGGACCGCACCGUCUCCAUCUCCGAGCCGCAGGUAUCCGCAACAGAGAUCCUCACCGCGGUCCCCGGUGCGCAGGCCUGGGGUCUCCGCCGCCGCGACGAGUGCCACCAUAUCACGCACCCGGCGAAGCGCGAGAGCGACGUGGGCAUCAUGUAUGCGGCAACGGAUGUGACCGCGGCCAACGGCGCGGUGCGGGUGGUUGUCGGCUCGAAUUGGUGGGUUGAUGAGCGGGAUCCCGCUGCUGACGAGGAGGUGCGCGUGGAGAUGCGCAAGGGGGAUGCGUUGGUUUGGCUCGGCUCAACCUAUUACGGCCGCGCCGCAAACAGCACAGCCGACGAGACAAGCAUUCUCCUCGGCGCAAUCGCGAUCCCGGGGUACCUGCGGCAAGAGGAGAACCAGUACCUCGCUGUUCCCUGGGAGGGCGUCGCGGAGACGUAUCCGACGGCCGUGCAGCAGUUCUUGGGGUACUCGGUUAGUCGCCCGUAUGGAGGUGCCGUCGAGCAUAUGGAGCCGUUGGAUUAUCUCAAGGUCAAGGGGGAUUGGUCAAAGUAUGUUCCUGUUGAUCUUAUUUGA